AUGAGUGAAAUAGAGAAUCAAAUACAAGUAAUAAAAUUAAAAAGGAUAAAAGAAUUAAAUAAUAGAUUAACUCAAACUUUAAAAAGAGAAAGAAUCCCAGUAUCUAAAUCUUCUGCUUUAAUAAUAAAAUAUGUUGAAGAAACUCCUGAUUAUUUAAUACCUUAUAAUUGGAAAUUACCAAAUGAUCAAAAUAAAUUUUUAAAUUAUCAAAAUUAUAAAGCAUUACAUGGAAAUACGAACAAGAGGGCUGGUAGUGGUGGUGGAUGUUGUACUAUAAUGUAG